UUUGAGCCCUGAGCUGGCCACAAUUGGUUGAUUAGUUAUGAAAAUACAUGACUCUGGGCCCUAUGGUGUCUUCCGCAAGGUCUCGCCCUCAUCCUUGGAGUCACCUGAUGCCUGGGGGAAACCCUCUGCCUCUGGUUCAGGACCUGGUGCAGCUCCUGUGAGGAAUGGCAGCUCCUUCCCUCCCGAGGAGGCAAAGGAGGCCCAGGUCAAUAUGGAUGCAAGAGGGCCCCCUCGUUUCCGAGGACCACCCGGCAUGCCCGACUACGUGGGCGGCCCUUCACCAUUUGUGGGCUAUGGGCCAUCUCCACCUGGAUCACACUGAUGCCCUGUGACCUCACCUGCUGGGCAAUCAGCUUGAAGCUUGAAGAGGACCCUGAGCUGUGGCAAUGAUAUAUUCAGAGAAGAUGCCAAAUGUGCAUUAUGGCCCAAAUGUUUCCCUGCUCAGUCCUGCUCCCCCCCCCCCCAUUGUCUCUCCUAUUGUCACCCCUAAUAAACCUGUCACUGUUCUA